UUUUUGCCUCGUUGGAAGGAAGGCGCUUUCAAACAGGAAGAAGAAAAGCCAACUGACAGGAACGGCUGAAUAUAGACACGGUGACGAGAAAAACAAACACAAAGACGGCGAAAUCCACACACACUUAUUCGGGUGGCAUUUUACCUUCUGUGAUGUCAAUCACUGAGGACCAAACAGACAUGGAUGGAGCAGAACUGCUUCGGUUGCAGUUUGACGACAAUCAGGAUGCUUCUUCCGAGGAGCAGCUCUUUGAUUACGUCAGUAGGCUCAUUGAUUCCUGGAGCGCCGAACAGGAUGUGCUCAGUUUACUGCGGGAAGAGGACAACGUGGAGACUCUCUGUCCCUCCCAUUCCCCAAUCAGCAGUGACAGCGGCAUCUCCGACUACAGCAGCAACGCCGGCCGCGUGGGAAAUGGCACGCCCGUGGGUUGCCUGAGCCCCGAGGGAGGCGACAUCGACAUCUCCCACAGUCCCAGCUACUCCAACCCGAGCCCAGUGUGCUCCGAACCCGCCUCCAUUGCUGAGGAGCUGCAGGCUGAGAACCCAGAGUUCUUGAGAGUCCAGGCAGAUCACAGCUACUCUUUGCUCAGGGGAAAGUGCGAGGACAUGGUUGUCCUGCAGAGUGUGUGGACAGAAAAGUCUGACACAGAUGUCUUCAUUGAUCUCGAUAAUCUGGUGACUGAGGAAAUGGAAGAUGAGUUUGCCAGUGAGCUACCUUAUACACUGGCCAUUGACGACGCAACGCUGGACAGAAAGCAGCACGACAACACACAACAGUUCCAGUUUAAGGACAUUGUGCUCUCUGAGGAGGAGAAGCGGCUUUUGGCGAAAGAGGGAGCAACUAUUCCCACAGACAUGCCUCUCACUAAGGCUGAGGAGAGGACCCUGAAGAGGGUCCGGAGGAAGAUUCGCAACAAGCAGUCGGCUCAGGAGAGUCGCAAGAAGAAGAAGGUCUACGUAGACGGCUUAGAGAGCAGGGUCGCCGUCUGUACUGCGCACAACGUGGAACUGCAGAAGAAAGUCCAAAUGCUCCAGAAACAGAACAUCUCUUUAAUUGAGCAGCUGAGGAAACUGCAGGCCGUGGUGAAGAUGUCCACCUUGAAGGCCAGCACGACCAGCACGUGUGUCAUGGUGUUCCUGCUCUCCUUUUGUCUCAUCGUCUUCCCGUCGGUUAACCCGUUUGGCAGCAAGACGGAGAAGAAGGAACUCUACCUUCCUUCUUCCAUCAUUUCCCGAACUUUACGCUCGCUGCCGUCAGAGAGCACCGAUGCCAUGACCUACCUGGAACCCGAAGACGACGAGCCGGACCUUCAUCUGCUGCCCCAAGCCGAGCUGGAGAACACCGAUGACAUCUUCGCAAGCGGUAAGAAGAAUCAAACCCCCGACUACCAGCGCGUGGAGCAGCCCGACUCGGAGACAGCUGUCAACGGCAACUCUUCUUCCGACUUCCCCGCGGCCCCGCAGGCGGCGGAGGUGACGCCGGGGGUGGGCGGCGGGGCGGCGGGCUUACAGGAGGGCUCUUUAGAUUCCGUGGUGGCGGCAGCUGUGGGCUACGAGGUCCCCGGGUCCAAGGGGAACUGGAUAGACCGGAACCCUCCGUCUGUUAUAUUACAGCAGCACCGUUCAGAUGAGAUGUAGUGUGGUUACGUAUGUGACCACCAGAUGGAGCCAUAUUAUAAAUCUUCAUUGUACCAGAGGGAAGCUAAAGCAGGGUACACACGCAUACAUUCAAGCAUUUCAAACUCAUCUUCCAUUACCAUUAAAAACAAAUGAUUACAGAUUAUUUGAUUUUGAACAAAUACCCCAGAAGUGUGCAGGUACAUGCACAUGUGGCGAAUGCUGUCAGGCUAAAAUUAUUUCCUCACAAGAGACACAAAGCUUGUCCCAGUUUAGAUGUAUCACUUCACCAUAGUUCCUUGUCACUAUUGCCUAUUUAGACCGGGCUUUUGCACCAUUUUAUGGUAUUUGAGCAAGCACAAAAAUAACAAAUAGGUGAGUUAUUCAGUGAAUAGCAAAUAUGCGGUGGAUUACUGUACUGAUUUUUAACAUCUUAACUGUUCAACCGUGCGAACACACACAAGGGUCUGCUCUCAUAAAUAUUGAACAGGUUUGUUACUUUUUUUAUACAUAUAAUCAGAUAAGGGAAUAAAAGUCACUCUUAACACACACCACACCACAGGAUAAUCUCUCAAAACAAUAUUUUAGAGGCAGUCUGUAAUCUGUUUUUUGCUGAUUUGGAUCGGAAAGGGGGCGAGGAACUGCAAAAUUUUUGCCCAAUUGUCAGUAUGUGUGUUACUCCGCUUCAUACAGUACAUCGGGACAUCCACAGUUGGACCGCCUCAAAAGUAGUGCAGUUUGUAGUUCAACCAGAAGUUGGUGAUAACAUCCAUCCAUCCAUUUUCUGUACCGAUUAUCCUCACUAGGGUCACGGGUGUGCUGGAGCCUAUCCCAGCUAUCUUCGGGCGAGAGGCGGGGUACAUCCUGAACUGGUCGCAGGGCAGUGGUGAUGACAAUAAAUGGGAAUUUGAAUUUUGCGUGUACCACUGUACAUAUAUUUUGUUUAAAAAAAAAACACACAAAAAAAAGCGGGGGGGGGGGGGGGGGGGGGGGGACUUAUAGUCAUCCUAACAGCCUUCUGAUGUACUACUGUUACGUUAUUUGCACUUUUCUAUCUUGUAAACAGCAAAAAGGACAUUUGUCCUUCAUGAAAAUGUUAAAAUACAAACAUGUAUUUAAAAAGGACCCACUAUACCAACAAGAUUAAAUAAUGACUUUAUUUUAUAGAUAAAUGACACACCCAAAGCUGCUUGAUUAGCUUCCAUCAGUCAUUGCUUGAUAGAAGAAUAGGCUGCUUGAUUAAAGAGAUUUGGAUCAUUGCACCAUGAAGCCAUUGCAGGACAUUUGGCCAUGUACAGUAGACAACUUGUUUCCCUUGUAACAAGGGUUUGUUUUGUUUUGUGUGGAAAUUCAUGUGAUGUCCUCCUUAUGAUACUCUUGUUUGGUUAAGGAGGCAUUGUUUUUAUAUACAUGUCAUGUCCUGAUUUCAUUGUUUCUUGCAAACAAUAAUGAUACUCAGAAAACUAUUGUGCAGUUAACUAUAUCCAAAUAUGUAAUGACAUGUUGUGCCAGUGAAGCAUUUUUAGUUUAUUUCUAUGUUACUAUUAAUAGUAAUGGCAUGUAAAGGGCACUGUUCUGUAUUAUGAUCAGAUGAGAUUUCAAAUGUUAGAGGAAAGGCACUGUUUCAAGAAGAAUGGAAUGUAAAUAAGAUGAAAUCGUGGGUUUUUCUGUAUGUCGGACCUCUUUACAUAUAUGUUAAUAAAGUUUUUAUGUACCAAAA